AUGGCCUGGACUCCUCUCCUCCUGAUGCUCCUGUCUCACUGCACAGGUGCCCUCGCCCAGCCUGUGCUGACUCAGCCACCCUCCCUCUCCUCAAAUCUGGGAGCAUCAGCCAGACUCACCUGCACCCUGAGCAGUGGCUUCAAUGUUGGUAAUUUCUGGAUACGUUGGUACCAGCAGAAGCCAGGGAACCCUCCCAGGUAUCUUCUUACUUUCCACUCAGAUUCAGACAAGCACCAGGGCUCCGGAGUCCCCAGCAGAUUCACUGGAUCCAAUGAUGCAUCAACUAAUGCUGGGAUUUUGCUCAUCUCUGGACUCCAGCCUGAGGACGAGGCCGACUAUUACUGUGCUACAUAUCACGGCAACUCAAAGGCUUUCACAGUGCUCCAGACCCAUGGGGAAGUGAGACAAAAAUCUCCCCACUGCUCUGCUCUGCUCACAAAGGAAGCCUGGAAGUUUCUUCCACCUCCCCCAGCAUCGGGUUCCCUGUGGGCUCAGAAGCAGAGCUGGGGUGUCUCCACCAUGGCCUGGACCCUUCUCCUUCUCGGCCUCCUCGCUCACUGCACAGGGUCCUGGGCGCAGUCCAGGCUGACGCAGGAAGGCUUCAUGUCAGGUUCUGUGGGACAGACGGUCACCCAUUCCUGCACCGGAAAUGGCAACAAUGUUGGAGCUAGUAUCGUGAACUGGUACCAACAGAUUUUUCACGGGGCCCCCAAAACAGCGAUGCUCGCAGGUUCUCUACCCUCAGGGAUCCCAGACCUGUGCUCUGGCUCCACGUCUGUCAACACGGCCUCUCUGACCAUCUCCAGGCUCCAGCCUGAGGACAAGGCUGAUUAUUACUGUUCAACGUGGGAUGACAGCAUCAGUGGUGCCGUCUCCCAGACUGUGCUGACUCAGCCUCCCUCCCUCUCUGCAUCUCCUGGAGCAUCAGCCAGCCUCACCUGCACCCUGAGCAGUGGGUACAUUGUUGGCGGCUACCACAUAUCUGCGACCGCGUCCCCGGGACAGAUGGCCACACUCUCCUGCCCUGGAAACAGCAACAACGUUGGCAGCGAGGGGGCAGCUUGUGCAGCAACAACCCGGCUGGGUCCCCAAAGUCCUGACCCGCAGGAGUCACAACCGGCGCCCAGGGUCUCAGAGGGGUUCUUGGGCUCCAGGUCAGGCGGCGGGGCCUCCCUGAGCAUCUCUGGGCUCCAGGCCGAGGCCGAGGCUGAUUAUUCCUGCUCAGCCUGGGACGGCAGGCCGGCUCCUCACCCGGUGCUUCCUGCCAGGUGGGUGGUGAGCCCCGAGCCCUGA